UAUAUGGUUAUGCACUUUCUAAUGCUUUCCAUUUUUGUUUGUACAGACAUUUUCAGUGUCCUUUUUCUUCUUCUCUGCUGGAACUUUGCCUCAGUUCUUAGUUUUUGACUUCUCUGUGCCUUUACUUUUACAUCUUGAUCUUGCUACAGGAUUCAUAAUUAUAUUGCUAUAUAAUAUCCUUAGGCCAUGUGAAAGGAGACAGGUUGGCCUUGGUACUCUCUGUUCUCAUUGAUCAGAAUCACGUGCCAUCAUUGAUCAAUGUUUGUCUCAUUUUCCCAUCUUAGCCCUCUGAAUUUUUAUAGUCAAACCGAAAUACAUAAUAUAGAUCAAGCUAGAAGUUUCAGAAGUGGGGUCAUUGUGGUAAAAUCCCUUCUGUUUGUGGCCUUUUUGCUCCUGCUAUGUCUGCUUCCAUACUUGACAGCAGCAAGCUGUGAUGUAAAAACGUCCUCUUUUAAAAGGGUUCUCUUUGGCUGUCAAGAAACAGGUAGAUUUGUGGAAGGGGAGGCAAAAAAAAGUGGCGGUGGUGGGUUGAGACAAGCUCUUAUGGCGAUUCUUGAGAGCUUUCUUAGAUUUAGGUUUCUUCAGCAUGUUGUGAUUUUGUUGCAGAUCCAUAGUGUAAUCUGCUAUCGGUACAAAGUUGGAGAUUUGGAUUCUUGGGGUCUUCCCACUUCUGAAAAUCCAAAGAUCUAUAUGUAUUGGUCUAAAUAUCACUCUCUCAAGAUUGGCGAUUCUCUGAUGUUCUUGUAUCCACCAAGCCAAGAUUCAGUGAUUCAAGUUACAAAGGAAUCUUACAACAGCUGCAAUCUCAAGGAUCCAAUCUUGUCCAUGAAAGAUGGUAACUCUGUUUUCAAUAUCACUACUUACGAGGAUCUGUUCUUCACCAGUGGAGUUGCAGGCCACUGUGAGAAGAAUCAGAAGCUUCAUAUCUCUGUGCUUUCUGGAAAUGGUUCUUCUGCAAGCGCUCCAUCCUCUGAUGGUGCACUUCCUGAAAUCUCUCCCUCUUACCCCACUGUUUUUGGUGGAAUCCCAGCAGCUCCCAUGGCCAAUUCCAGCGCCUCCUCUUCCUCUUUGUCAACAAAAAUCUCAUUUUUUCCUGCCUUGGUUGCUGCCUUUGCUGGGCUUUUGAUUCUGAGCCAAUGAGUUAGUUCAUAUAUUGAGAUUCAUUGAGUUAUAAUAGUUUGAGAAAUGAAUUCUUUUUCACAAUUAUUAUCCCUGCGUUGUUGUGUUCUUAGAUGAGUUUGAAGUCAUCUGUGUUGUUUAAUGGUGUUUCCUAUAAGAAAUGGCUCUGAUUUUCAGGUGUAAAA